GUUUCAUGAACACAUCCCUUUUAGCACGUCCCUUUUAAACGUUGCUCGUGCACAGAGCUCCAUCUAGUGUACGAGGAUUUCUAACCGCGUGAACCCUAAAUCGCAGCUUUUUACGAGCUUAGUGCACUAUCUUAGACGUAGAAAUCAUCAUUUCAUGCCCUAUGCAGUGCUCUAGUAUGCGGAGCGCGUAGAGGAUUGGGAGUUAGCCGGAGAGUCGUUUUUGCGGCAGUGCGCGCCUGGUUUCCGGCAGUGAGGCCGCUGAGGAUGAGGGGGAAGAUGUCCGAGGCGGGAAACGACAUCAUGCCGGCAAAAAAGCAGAAACUGAGCAGCGAUGAAAACAGCAACCCUGACCUUUCCGGGGAUGAAAAUGUAAGCGAAGACGAUGCUGUCAGCAUUGAGAGCGGAACGAACGCCGAGCGGCCCGACACCCCUACAAACACGGCUAGUGCCCCGGGCAGGAAGAGCUGGGGCAAGGGCAAGUGGAAGUCAAAGAAAUGCAAAUACUCCUUCAAGUGUGUUAACAGCCUGAGGGAGGACCAUGGCCAGCCUUUGUUUGGUGUCCAGUUCAAUUGGCACAGUAAGGAGGGCGACCCGCUCGUCUUCGCAACAGUGGGAAGCAACAGAGUCACCUUAUAUGAAUGUCAUUCCCAAGGAGAGAUCCGGCUCCUGCAGUCUUACGUAGAUGCAGAUGCAGAUGAGAACUUCUACACCUGCGCUUGGACGUAUGACACCAGCACCAGUCACCCUCUGUUAGCGGUGGCUGGCUCCCGCGGCAUCAUCCGCAUCAUCAACCACAUUACUAUGCAAUGUGUCAAACAUUAUGUGGGACACGGAAACGCGAUCAAUGAGCUUAAGUUUCAUCCAAGAGAUCCCAACUUACUGCUGUCUGUGAGCAAAGACCACGCGUUACGCCUAUGGAACAUCCAGACAGAUACGCUCGUAGCCAUAUUUGGAGGUGUGGAGGGCCAUCGAGAUGAGGUCUUGAGUGCGGAUUUUGAUCUACUCGGGGAGAAGAUCAUGUCCUGUGGAAUGGACCACUCUCUGAAGCUGUGGAGAAUAAACUCAGAGAGAAUGCAAAAAGCAAUACGAGGCUCUUAUGAGUACAACCCCAGCAAGACCAACAGGCCUUUUGUGUCUCAGAAGAUUCACUUCCCAGAUUUCUCCACACGGGACAUUCACAGAAACUAUGUAGAUUGUGUGCGCUGGCUUGGGGAUUUAAUUCUCUCAAAGUCCUGUGAAAAUGCCAUCGUGUGCUGGAAACCUGGGAAGAUGGAGGAUGAUAUUGACCACAUCAAGCCCAGUGAGUCCAACGUGACCAUUCUGGGCCGAUUCGACUACAGCCAGUGUGACAUCUGGUACAUGCGCUUCUCGAUGGACUUCUGGCAGAAGAUGCUGGCUCUGGGAAAUCAGGUCGGAAAACUGUACGUGUGGGACCUGGAGGUCGAAGAUCCUCAUAAAGCAAAGUGCACCACUCUCACGCUACCUAAAUGCACCUCAGCCAUCAGGCAGACCAGCUUCAGCAGAGACAGCAGUAUUCUCAUAGCAGUGUGUGACGAUGCGUCUAUCUGGCGCUGGGACAGGCUACGCUGAUGACCUUUCAUAGCCUGAUGCUUUCUUUCCUCGGACCGCUAGAAAUGAGCGCUCGUCACAGGACACGUUCCUCGAUGAGCAACCUGGACUAUGGAUGCUUAUUAGCUUAAGCUUUGGAAGUUGCUUACCUCAGAUGUGUCUGCUUUUUUGUUCUUCUUUUGUUACCUUUUCUGUCUUUAAUAAAAGCUAUUUUUACUUG